CUUCUUUCCUUUUCCUUUUUCCCUUCCUCUGACAAUAACCAUUGCAUUGCUCUUAUUCCUAGCCAUAUUUCCCUCUUACAGUAUUCUCCAUUUGUCUUCAUCACACUACUCCAACUACCACCACCGUCACUAAUACUAUUACUGCAACCAUGAACUUUGAGGAGAUUGAGGACCAGGAUGGAAUUCGCUUCUCAUUCAAUGCAUGGCCUGCAUCACGCAUCGAGGCAACACGAACUGUUGUUCCUAUCGCUGCUCUAUAUACACCCCUGAAGGAGCGUGAUGAUUUACCACUCAUCUACUAUGAGCCUGUUACUUGCAAACAGCAUACCUGUGGUGCCAUUCUUAAUCCUUACUGUCAGAUCGAUCCUCGUGGCAAGCUUUGGAUUUGUCCUUUCUGUCUCCACCGUAACCAGUUCCCUCCUCAUUAUCGCGAUAUCUCCAAUACCAAUCUCCCAGCAGAGUUGCUUGCCAAACAUACAACUAUUGAAUAUACUCUUGCCAGGAGUGCACAAGUCCCACCAAUAUUCCUAUAUGUUGUCGAUACCUGCAUGGAUGAGGACGAUCUCAAAGCACUCAAGGAUUCGCUUGUCGUCUCACUCAGCUUGUUGCCUCCACAUGCUCUUGUCGGCCUUAUCACUUUUGGUACCAUGACCCAAGUUCAUGAGCUUGGGUAUGGUGAGUGUCCGAAAUCAUAUGUCUUCCGUGGGAACAAGGACUACACUUCGAAACAAAUCCAAGAUAUGCUUGGGCUCUCAGCUCAGGUAGCACGCCCUCAACAGCCAGUUCGGCCCGGCCAGCCUGCGCCUUUUGCUCCCAGCGGUAAUUCGCGCUUUUUGCUCCCGGUUCAGCAAUGUGAGUAUACAUUAUCUUCAAUCCUAGAGCAGCUUCAACGCGACCCCUGGCCUGUAGCCACAGAUAAACGUCCUCAGCGUUGUUCUGGAGUGGCUAUGAGUGUCGCUGUUGGUCUCUUGGAGGCCACCUACCAGAAUACUGGUGGUCGUAUCAUGCUCUUUGUUGGAGGAGCAGCAACAGAAGGCCCAGGAAUGGUGGUCGGAACAGAUCUCAAAGAGCCCCUUCGAUCUCAUCAUGAUAUCGAGAAGGAGAAUGCGAAGCACUACAAGAAGGCAUCCAAGUUUUAUGAGGGAUUGGCAAAGAGGAUUUCUACCAAUGGCCACGUCGUUGAUAUUUUUGCAGGAUGCUUGGAUCAAGUCGGGUUGUUGGAAAUGAAAUCAAUGGUCAACUCAACAGGAGGCUUUAUGAUUCUGUCAGAUUCUUUUACAACAGCCAUUUUCAAACAGAGUUUCCAAAAGUUGUUUGAAAAGGAUGCUGAAGGCAACCUGAAGAUGGGCUUUAAUGCAACGCUCGCUGUCCAGACUACAAAGGAGCUCAAGAUUUGUGGACUGAUUGGUCAUGCAGUAUCAUCCAACAAGAAAACUGCGUCUGUAGGUGAGACUGAGAUUGGUAUAGGCAAUACCUCAGCAUGGAAGAUGUGCAGCGUUACUCCAAAGACGACAAAUGGUAUAUACUUUGAGGUUGUGAACCAACAGGGUCAGUCUCUCCAACCAGGAUCGCGUGGUCUUAUUCAGUUUGUGACGCACUAUCAGCAUUCUAGUGGAUUCUUCAAGCUUCGCGUGACUACUGUCGCCCGUAGCUGGGCAGAGGGAAAUAACCCCGUCAUUGCUCAGUCAUUUGAUCAAGAGACAGCAGCAGUCCUCAUGGCUCGUAUUGCUGUCUUCAAGGCCGAAAUUGAUGAUGGACCAGAUGUCUUGCGUUGGUUGGAUAGGAUGUUGAUUCGGCUGUGUCAAAAGUUUGCCGAGUACCGCAAAGACGAACCCCAGACAUUCCGCCUCACAGAGAACUUUUCAAUUUAUCCUCAGUUCAUGUUCCACCUGCGACGUUCACAGUUCUUGCAAGUCUUCAACAACUCGCCUGAUGAGACAGCCUAUUGCCGUCACGUUUUAAAUCGUGAAGAUGUCAACAACUCGCUGAUUAUGAUCCAACCUACACUCAUGUCUUAUGGCUUUGAGGGCGAGCCUCAGCCAGUGCUGCUAGACAGUAUCUCGGUGAAGCCUGAUACGAUAUUAUUACUAGACACCUUCUUUUACAUUCUCAUCUUCCAUGGAGAGACGAUUGCUGCAUGGAGGAAGGCUGGCUAUCACGAGCAGCCGGGGUAUGAAAACUUUAAGGAACUGCUAGAGACACCAGUGGUCAGUGCACAGGAGCUUUUAGUGGAGCGUUUUCCUAUCCCACGCUACAUUGUAUGUGAUCAGAAUGGAUCUCAAGCUCGUUUCUUGCUAUCCAAGUUGAAUCCAUCAACAACACAUGUCUCUGGAGGACAGUACGGCAAUGUGCCAGUGGGACAAGCCAUCUUUACGGAUGAUGUGUCACUGCAAGUGUUCAUGGAGCAUCUGAAGAAACUGGCUGUUGCUGGUACAUCAUAAGUGUACAUUGGUUUCGUUGACCAUGGAUAGAGAGUGUUCUUGACACAAUAAGAAAAUCGCUUUAAAACGUACUACAUGUCUUCAC